AUGUCCUUGAUGGACGUCACGGGAGUGCCAUAUGCUCCGCCUCCACCGUCAGGCUCCUUCAUCUUGUUCUUGCAGAUCAUCUCCCGGCGCCUUUCACGUCGUCAUUUAACCACUAGAAAUGAGAGCCUGGGCCGGAUUCAUGCCGUCCUGCCCAACAUGCUGCCCAAAGAAGUUGCCCCAGCUCAAUCGUCGCACCCAGGUGAAGUACUGCGGCCUGCUGUUGGUCCCGCUACCUUCAAACCUGUGAAGAUCUGA